AUGGCUGAGGACCCCAACUCUCAGAUGAAUUCCAAUAAGCGUCCCACCAAAUCAGGAAGAAUGGAUGAGCAACAGAAUGCCAUUUAUCCAUCUGAAGUCCAGCCUCACAUCAUGCCUCGGCAGGAAAUCUCCCAGGUGCCUGUGGUGCUACAGUGGCCCACAGCGUUCAUACCUAUCAACUGUACUCCAGUGACUUUGAGUCCUCAAAUGAUGAUUGCUUUGUCAUGGGAUCCCUGCCAGCCUGUGACUAUACCCUGCUUGGUCUCUAAUGUGGUCCUGCAGCCCUGCAUCAACACCAUCCCUCCUGUGCUGCCGGCACAGGUCCUGGUCUCCAGCAACAUCUGUCUCCAGGGCCGUGGCAAUGCCAACCUGGCUCCUGGCAACUCCACCCAGAUCAGUGAUGCCUCCAACCAGGGCCGUGAAAUCUGCACCCAGCUCCCUGAUGCCUCCAACCAGGGCCGUGAAAUCUGCACCCAGAUCAAUGAUGCCUCCAACCAGGGCCCUGAAGUCUACACCCAGAUCCCCGCUAUCUCCAACCAGAGAGCUGUCUCUGCUGAGGUGGAUAGGCAGAAGGUACUGGAUGCUGCCGAGGCUCUCCUGAUUCUGCACAACUCCCCUCAGGCCUGGGAGGAGACACGCAGCAUACCAGGUCCUGAUGGGGAGUGA